AUGAUGACUUAUCAUAAAUUGAUUUUCACCACAUCUAUCUUUCUUUUUGCGUUGCUGGCUAUUGUCUCCGCAACAGAUUAUGAGUAUGGUUCAACACAAAACAAUGAGAAGUCUAAACUCGAAGCUGAAGUAGAUAAUAAACCAUACUCUACCAAACCAAAUUACGAAGCUUAUAAAUCCAAAACAGAUUAUGAGUAUAGUUUAACUUCAGAAAUCGAGAAACCCAAAUUUGAUACAGAUUACGAACCACAUUUCACAAAACCAAACUAUAGAGUUCCCAAGCCCAAAAUAAAUUAUAGGUAUGGUUUGGUUCCAAAUAUAGAGAAAUCUGAACCUGAAUCAUAUUACAAACACUCCACAAAACCGGAUUAUGAAGCUCCCAAACCUGAAAGAAAUUAUGGAUAUAGUCCGACUCCAAAGAUUGAGAAAUCAAAGUCUGAAGUAGUUUAUACACCAAAUCCCGCAAAACCAAAUUAUGAAGUUUCCAAAUCCAAAACGGAUUAUGGGUAUGCCUUGACUCCCAAGACUGAGAAAUCCAAAUUCGAAGAAGUUUACGCACCAAAACCCACAAAACCAGACUACGAAGUUUCCAAACCCAAACUAGAUAUUGAUUAUAUACCACUCCCGACAAAACCAUAUUAUGAAGUUCCCGAACCAAAAGAAAGCUACCAAGUGCAACUGCCCACAGUCAUUGGUGUCCAAGGAACAAUUUUAUGCAAAUCUGGUUCCAAUUAUUACCCAAUUCAAGGGGCUGUUGCACGAGUUAAAUGUGAAUGUGUGAAUGAGCUUGGAUACGAGACAGGUCCUAUAACAGUGUUCAGUCAUGUAACAGAUGGUAAAGGUUAUUACUUUACUACAUUGUCACUUCCGGGGCUAGGAUCAAAAUUGAAGAUUAAUGAAUGCAAAGCAUAUCUAGAGAGUUCUCCAUUAGAGACAUGUAAAGUUCCCACAGAUGUGAAUCAUGGAAUCAGUGGUGCUUCUCUUUCAUCUUAUCGUCUUCUUGACAACAAUUUCAAGUUGUACUCUGUGGCACCUUUCUUCUGCACCUCACAAGCUAAAUCGGUCCCUGGUUAUUAA